AUGGGUGGCCCCUUUGAGAAAAUGGCGAAGGACAUCGCCGUGCGGAUGCGGUCCAAAGUCCAUAGGCAGAGUUUCAGCAACUCCGUUAUGCGGGCGCAGGAGCGCAAGUUGUCUCCCACGGGGCGUCUGGCCGUGGAGCGGGUGACCGAGCUCGUGGCGCUGCAGCAGCGACACCAGCACACGUUUGAUCCCGCGCUGCGGACGGAGGCGGUGCAAAUUCUGCGCGCUCUUCCACUUCUCUCUACCGAGGAGGACCCUCGCUUUGUGCACACGCAGCGUGCGCUUCGCGUCGCCGCCUACUUCGACGCCGUGAGUCUUCCCGCCACCUACGCUCUCAUUAAUCAGCACACCAAAAACGCCUUUCUCCUGGACGCGGUGGCCAUGUCCUCCUUUUUCCUCAUACUGUCCAAAUUGAGACACCCGCAAACAGCAGAGAUUGUUGAGAUUUUGCUCCCGCGCCUGCGGGAGGUGGCACCGGAGUUACUUCCACGAGAGGCCAUUUAUAUUCUUCGGCUGCUGCACCGCUUUGGGAUGGGCGACGCAAAACUCAUAAAAAUUCUUACUGACACCGUUGUCAAGACGGUUGCUGACACCCCACUCACGGAUGUGCGUCAAUGUGCCGUCAUGCUGGCCGAGACGUACUUCGAGGAGGCCCAACAGAUUCUUGUCGUGGCGGAAAAGCGACUCUGCAAUGACAUAGAACUCUGUGAAGACGCAGCUGAAGCGAAAGUAAUGAUUUUGGAUGUCUGUCGGGUGGUCGCUUUGACGUGCUGCGGCCCACGUGAACUUCUUAACAGCGUUGCUCGACGCUCCAUGGAUCUGGCACCGCAACUCACACCACUUGAGAUUGCGUACAUCUUGAAGGCGUUUCACAUGUGCUCGUACCGUCAUUUGCGUCUAAUGCGAGUUUUGUCCUCCUCCCAGGCAUCACAUUCAACAGGGCCAACUGGACCACAGCGGGACAUCACCCCAUCUGCCGUAUCUAUGACUGUGCAGGCACUGGCACACUUCUACGUUGUGGGGUGUGAAGAGGUUGUCUUGACACUAGUGAAUGCAGUGCUGCAUUCACUAGAUGGUCUCAACUUUGCCCUUACGAUGGUCUCUUGUGUCCGCCUUAAGUGUGUCUCACCGGGUGUUGAAGAGGCCAUAGACCUGCUCUGUGGUGCACCACUACAACGAUACCUCCAGAAUGCCCACAGCGUAGCAGUCACAAGUCGUCUCCUCUACGCCCUUGCGCAGGCUGGACGAUGCAUCACCGCGGACGACAUCUCCAAUCUGCGAGUUUUGUUGCAGGCCAUGUUGCGGAUUCGUUCCACUGUCCCAGAUGAUUCUAGAACCUUUUUCUUGGACGCCGUGGCCACGUUGUCUGCGGACAGCCGUUGCGUUGACGACACGCUGAAGGAGAUGAUUUCCAAGGCGCGGGAGCGAUUGUUGUGUGAUCACAGAGAUGGUUCUGCGCCUUUGUAG